AUGGCGCCAAAACAGUUGGGCGCCCUUUCAAAUGACAUAACCUUGGGAGUUUACAUAUUUAUUUUAACGUUUCAAGGCCUGUGCUCAGCGAUCAAUGGAUAUAUUCUUUACCUGUUCAUAAUGAGGCGAGACCUGCAAAAGAACAAGCACAUGAGGUUGGUAAUAUUUCUGUCGCUCGGAGAUUUUUUGCUAGCUAUCGGUGAACUACCCUAUAUCAUUUACAUGACAAUCAACUGGAGUCAUACACUAAUUGACUAUGAUCCUAUGUAUAUUAUGGUCACAGCUCAACCAUUGCCAUUGCAAUUGAAAAUUUCGGCGACAGUUACUGUGGGGAUAGCGUUGAGCAGGAAUAUUGCCCUAUUCUUCCCUUCACUAUUCCGCCGAAUGGAUCUUGGGGAUUUUUCCAAUGGAGUCAUCCUGGUCGCAAUUAUCUUUGCACUUUUUGAUGAUUUCUUGUACUGGUACACUACUACAAUCGAGCAUCAUUUGAAUUGCGGAACUAUCGGAUGUUUUGUCAGCGAUCGAUUCAGAUACUACUGGGGGAUUUCUAAUAUGAUUCUUGGUUUCAUGGCAGUUGCUCUUUCAAUCACAAUCUUCUGGAAACUUCAAAUGGUGUCGAAGAAGAAAAGCUCAGAUCCUGGAGGAUCCAAGAGCAAGUACGCUAAAGCAAAUCGCACAUCAACUGGAAUUCUCAUGUCUUCUUUGCUGUUUAUCACGGUGCCAAGUGUUUGCGUGGGCGUUGUGGAGCUCACAGGAUUUUCAAUUUUCAAGCUAAUCGGCCCAUUUUACUCGGCCUGCUUGCUAGUCAGUGGUUGUUGCAAUGGAAUUAUUUUUAUUAGUAGUAACUGGGACAAUGUGAAACUGAAAAAGCCAAAAACAUCAGUCAUCAUGGUUACCAGGGCGUCAAUAGUACCGUCAAUGGCGAAUUCGGGUGGUGGCUGGAAUUGA